AAUACCUCACCAGCAAAGCAGCAAAGAGUGUACAACAGGCAGCAAUUGUGGGAUACAUUCCUCACUCAAAACGUCUUUCUGUAUGCGUAAAACGCCGCUGGAAUAGUUUUCGGUAUCAUAUUCUGGAUGCAUGCGACGUUGACCUUCAUAUGUAGAUUUUCGGUCAUGUAUUUGUAGUGUACAUUAUGUGCAUAUGGAGAAUAUUUUUUAUCUCUUCCGUAUUUCUGGCUGUCUAGAUUUGGAGUCUACAGAGAAGGGAACUGUCGCCACUUUUUGACCAACGCUUCGAAUAUUUUAUUUUGAGAGCACAAUUGGGAACAUUUGGAAAUUCUGACGUGGUUUAUAUUUGGACUUUUCACGGUUUCAGCCUAGUUGGGUGAAGGGGCCGUUUUUCAAUCCACACAUAUCGCUCCCUUUCCAGUGUUUCGUUUUGCACCGUUCAAUUGUAGGCGGUUAUCCUAAAAACUUGAACAGAACAUUUUCUCAGAAAUACACUUUUCGUUUGAUCUCAUGUAUUGUGCGAUGCAGUGCAUAUAUACAAUUAUGAUGUAUUAUUCUUAAAAACGAGGAUUUUGGAGGUCAUCAGUGGCAAUCAUAAUGGCAAACGACGACAACCGCUUUAUAGUGGAAAAGUACAUUUGUCACAAACUCUUGAAACGAGGAUAUGCGUGGGAUUUCGAGGAUGCCGAGGAGGAGGAAGGUGUUGCUAAUAAUGGGUCGAUGAUUUCUCCUCGGCCGGGUUUGGCACGGCGGUGCCACGGGGCCAAUAACGGCGGACCGGGCAGCGUCCCUCGUCUUUCCAAAUGGCUCUCCCAACCGGACCCGCAUGCAGCUAUUCACAGAGUUUUGCGUGAGGCCGGGGACGAACUCGAAAGACUGUACCAGCCCGACUUCGCAGAGAUGUCACACCAGCUGUAUCUCACAUCCUCCACGGCUGAGAGGAGAUUUAGAGAGGUGAUAGACGAGCUGUUCAGGGAUGGGGUUAACUGGGGACGGAUUAUCGCCUUCUUCGAGUUCGGGGGCACAAUAUGCGUGGAAUGCGUGAACAAGGAGAUGACGUCGCAGGUGGAUCACAUCGCGGUGUGGAUGACAGAGUAUCUAAAUGGACCACUGCUCAACUGGAUUCAGGAGAACGGGGGAUGGGAGGCCUUUGUUGAGCUCUAUGAUAGACAGAGGGACUCGGUGUUCUGUUCGUGGCCGUCCAUCAAGACCGUCUUCGGCCUGGCUGCACUGGGGGCCGCAAGCCUUACCAUCGGAGCAUACCUUACACAGAAGUGAAGGAGUUCUCCUUUUCUCUCCCUCUCUUUUUGUCCUCCCUCCCUCUUGCUACUUUCUCUUUUCAAAGGCAGCUCUGCCCCCUCCGAGACGAUCCCGAAUCCCCAACCUGCAUGUCUUCAAAGCCUCUUUCUCUCUCUCUUUCUCUCCCUGUUCUCGAAAAAACUCCCUCUUUCUUAACCCUCACUUCAUAAAACAAAGGCCCAAAUCAAACAACAGCAGGAAACAGAGUCACUGCCCACAGAGAAGAAAACAUGUAAUGAAACAGUCACUGCCCACAGAGAAGAAAACAUGUCAUGAAACAGUCACUGCCCACAGAGAAGAAAACAUGUAAUGAAACAUAGUCACUGCCCACAGAGAAGAAAACAUGUAAUGAAACAGAGUCACUGCCCACAGAGAAGAAAACAUGUAAUGAAACAGAGUCACUGCCCAGACAGAAGAAAACAUGUAAUGAAACAGAGUCACUGCCCACAGAGAAGAAAACAUGUAAUGAAACAGAGUCACUGCCCACAGAGAAGAAAACAUGUAAUGAAACAGUCACUGCCCACAGAGAAGAAAACAUGUAAUGAAACAGAGUCACUGCCCAGACAGAAGAAAACAUGUAAUGAAACAGAGUCACUGCCCACAGAGAAGAAAACAUGUAAUGAAACAGAGUCACUGCCCACAGAGAAGAAAACAUGUAAUGAAACAGAGUCACUGCCCACAGAGAAGAAAACAUGUAAUGAAACAGAGUCACUGCCCACAGAGAAGAAAACAUGUAAUGAAACAGAGUCACUGCCCACAGAGAAGAAAACAUGUAAUGAAA